AAUCCCACGUUAGAUUACCCAGUGGAAUGUCAACGCUGUAGGAUUGCUGGUCCUAACGACUUGUCUCUGGAAAUCAAGACCGAGCCUUCUAACUUCCUCUUGACGAAGAAAGUUCAAGGUGUUAUCAAAUGCAGUUCCAUGAAACCUCUUCCGAAGAAAGUGAGAAUGUUCUGCUAUCUGGAAAGUGCGGUCAAAGUACGGCGGUGGACCUCUAGUCUUCUGUAUAACUUUUCAACUGCGGAGAAGCUAAAAUUCGAAAUUAUAUUUAGCAAAGAGCAGCAAAUCGCACGGUACGACCGCAUAGUGACGUUCGCUUAUGGAACUUUCGGUCCUGAGAAGUAUGUCACAGAUCGCAUUGUGUUCAAUAUAGGACAGUCAGCAAAUUGUGUCAAUGAGUCCCAUGCGACCAUUUAUGGUGGAAAUGCUCUUCACGGCGCUGAGCCAAUGGAGACGGAUUACAUGUUGGCACCAUCUGCUGGUAGGAAUGGAGUGACUAGUGAAUUAGAUGAUUCUAACUUCGAAGUUUAUCGACCAUAG